CUGGUGGCAGGUGAGCGAAGCUGCAAGGGCCAGGUGCGCGCUAACAGGCUGAGUGCAUCUUGAAGGCUCAUCUCAGGCGAUGCUCCUGCUCUGGGCCCUCCUGGCCCUCGGAUGCCUGCGGUGUGGCUGGACUGUGAACCUCCAGCCCCAACUGGCCAGUGUGACGUUUGCCACCAACAACCCUACCCUCACCACCGUGGCCUUGGAGAAGCCUCUGUGCAUGUUCGAUAGCUCAGAGCCGCUCAGCGGCUCUUACGAGGUUUACCUCUACGCCAUGGUAGACUCAGCCAUGUCCGGGAAUGUAUCUGUACAGGACAGUGCUGGCAUUCCCCUGAGCAACACCUUUCGGCAAACCCAGGGUGGGAGGUCAGGCCCCUACAAAGCUGCGGCCUUUGAUCUGACCCCUUGUGGUGACCUGCCCAGCCUGGAUGCUGUUGGAGAUAUGACCCAGGCCUCAGAGAUCCUGAAUGCAUACCUAGUCAGGGUGGGCAACAACGGGACCUGCUUUUGGGACCCCAACUUCCAGGGCCUCUGCGACCCACCCCUGACAGCAGCCACUGAGUACAGAUUCAAAUAUGUCCUCGUCAACAUGUCCACAGGCUUGGUGCAGGACCAGACCCUAUGGUCAGAUCCUAUCCGGACCAACCGGCCCACCCCGUACUUGGCCAUCGACACGUGGCCUGGACGGCGAAGCGGAGGCAUGAUUGUCAUCACGUCCAUUCUGGGUUCCCUGCCCUUCUUCCUGCUCGUGGGUUUCGCUGGAGCCAUCAUCCUCAGCUUUGUGGACAUGGGCAGUUCUGAUGGGGAAACGACACAUGACUCACAGAUCACUCAGGAGGCUGUCCCCAAGACCCUGGGGGCCUCUGAGCCUUCCUACUCGUCCGUGAACCGGGGCCCACCCUUAGACAGAGCUGAGGUGUUCUCCAGCAAGCUCCAAGACUGAAGCAAACCCCAGCUCCAGGCCAUGGCCUCCUCUCAGCCUGGCGCUGCAGUUGGCAGUGAAGGUGUUUGUGCCCUGACUGGAUAAGAUGUGAAACAAGGCAUCUUGGUCCAACUUCAUGAAAAGGCUAAAUAAAAUCUUAAGUGUUAAUGUCUGAGUG